AUGCCAAUUUCCACAACUCCACCAACUGUUACUCAUUCUGACGAUUUUUCGGGUGAAAAUAACAUAGAAGACAUUAAUUUUGAUCAAUUACUUAAUGAUAUAACUAAAGCUGAAGAUGCACUUAAUGACCUUGAUGGAAGACUUGAUAAUUUUAAUGCAAAAGCGGAUGCAAUGUUGUUAAACAAUGAUAACAAUGAUAGUUUUCAAAAAAAGUCUUAUACCGAAAAAUUAAAUUCUGAAAACAAAUAA